AUGCCUUACUGGCAGACCUGGAAUCCACCACCUCCCAUAUCUCCAAACGGCCAGUGUUUCUAACGGAGGAAACACCUUACUCCUACCCAACUGGAAACCACACGUACCAGGAGAUCUCUGUGCCACCUCCAGUGCCUCCGCCACCUUCCAGUGAGGCCCUGAAUGGCACUGUGAUUGACCCCUUAGACCAGUGGCAACCCAGUGUGUCCAGAUACGUCCACCAGCAACCUCAGUCCCAGUCUCCUAUAUACAGCUCUUGUGCCAAAAGCUCCAGUGCCUCUGUUCCUAGAGACGGGCUCAGCUGUCCUUCUCCCCGUGCCAGUGAAGAGGAACACGUCUACAGUUUCCCGAACAAGCAGAAGUCUGCAGAACCAUCUCCCACAAUGACCAGCUCCUCUCUGGGCAGCAACCUCUCAGAACUGGACAGACUUCUUCUGGAACUGAAUGCUGUUCAACAUAACCCCACCAGUAGCUUCCCAGCAGAUGAAGCCAACAGAAGCCCAUCGCUGCCCAGCGUGACAGGACCUCACUAUGUUGUCCCAGAGAGCAGCAGCUCUGUGGGAGAGAAGGCUGCACCUCCGACAAAAGAAAAGCCAAAGCGAAAUGGUGCACGUGGGAUCGAAGAUGUGCGCCCCAGUGUGGAGAGCCUGCUGGAUGAGCUGGAGAGCUCUGUGCCAAGUCCAGUCCCUGCAAUCACUGUGAGCCAGGGUGAGGUGAGCAGCCCCCAGCGGGUCACCAGUCAGCAGCAGACCCGUAUAUCUGCUUCUUCAGCUACACGAGAACUGGAUGAGCUGAUGGCAUCUCUCUCUGACUUUAAGUUCAUGGCACAAGGGAAAGCCGGGAGCAGCUCCCCUCCAUCCACAGCCUCCAAGCCUGGCAGUCAGCUGGAUACCAUGCUGGGAAGCCUCCAGUCUGACCUGAACAAACUGGGUGUAGCUACAGUUGCCAAAGGUGUCUGUGGAGCCUGCAAGAAGCCUAUUGCUGGGCAGGUAGUUACAGCCAUGGGGAAAACCUGGCACCCUGAGCACUUCGUCUGCACCCACUGCCAGGAGGAGAUCGGGUCACGAAACUUCUUUGAGCGGGACGGUCAGCCCUACUGUGAGAAGGACUAUCACAACCUCUUCUCCCCUCGCUGCUACUACUGCAAUGGGCCGAUCCUUGAUAAAGUGGUGACGGCUCUGGACAGGACAUGGCACCCUGAACACUUCUUCUGUGCCCAGUGUGGAGCUUUCUUUGGACCUGAAGGAUUUCAUGAGAAGGAUGGCAAAGCCUAUUGCCGCAAGGACUACUUUGAUAUGUUUGCUCCCAAGUGUGGAGGCUGUGCCCGGGCUAUCCUGGAAAACUACAUCUCUGCCUUGAACACCCUGUGGCACCCUGAAUGCUUUGUCUGUCGGGAAUGUUUCACACCAUUCAUCAAUGGCAGCUUCUUCGAGCAUGACGGGCAGCCCUACUGCGAGGUGCAUUACCACGAGCGCCGCGGCUCGCUCUGCUCCGGUUGCCAGAAGCCUAUCACAGGACGCUGCAUCACUGCUAUGGGCAAGAAAUUUCACCCCGAACACUUUGUCUGUGCCUUCUGCCUCAAGCAGCUCAACAAAGGAACCUUCAAAGAACAGAACGACAAGCCCUACUGCCAGAACUGCUUUCUCAAGCUCUUCUGUUAGAGGCAUCAUAGAUGGGCGCUAAGCAUCUUUCUGCCACCCCCUUGGCAGUUCUGUCUCUCUGAACAUUACUGUGAUUUAGAAACCUGACCAG